UGGUUGCUGUAGUUACAGCUCAGGGGAAAGGGAAGCUUAACACCUGCACUCCUCCUUCUGCUGUAAAGUUUCGCUUCAUUUAUUAUAUUUCAGUUUGUGCACCAACAGGUCUCUGCAUGUUAGAGAUGUGUGCUGCUGUAAUCCUGUUUAGCUGACAUCCUGCAAGUGGUCUCGGUCUUCGUGGUGGAAAUGCCGGCUGUGAGCCAGGAUAAAGAGGAUUCAGAGUCUCCAUCAGAAGAUGAGUUAGAAUGCCAUCCCUGUAUAGCCUGGAGUGGGAUCAGCAGGAAGAUUCCAGUUCUGCUCUUUCAUGCUGAAGCUGUUGUGUCUAAGGAGGAAACUAUUUGUUCCAUUGGAGAAAGUUAUAACUUGGCCUUCAAGAUUGUACGCACAGAGAGUCGACUCGUGAGAAACAUUCUUGUCAAUCAUGGAUUCCAUGAGGUCCAUCCAAACAGUAAUGAUUUCAACCUUAUGUGGACAGGCUCCCACCUUAAGACUUAUCUGCUCCGCAGUUUACAGGAUUUCCAGAAAGUCAACCAUUUCCCGAGGUCAAGUGAGUUGACGCGUAAAGACCGGCUUUACAAAAACAUCCAGCGCCUGCAGCAGGCUCAUGGAUUUCAGAACUUUCACAUUGUACCUCAGACGUUCGUUCUUCCUGCUGAAUAUCAGGAUUUUUGCAAUGCUUUCUGUAAGGACAAGGGACCAUGGAUUAUCAAACCUGUUGCAUCUUCCAGAGGCAGAGGCAUUUACCUCGUCAACAGUCCAAGUCAAAUCUCACUGGAUGAAAACAUCCUUGUAUCACGGUAUAUUAACAACCCAUUACUUAUUGAUGAUUUCAAGUUUGAUGUGCGAUUGUAUGUGUUGGUGACAUCUUAUGACCCAGUCAUUAUUUAUGUCUAUGAAGAGGGGCUAACUAGAUUUGCUACUGUGAAGUAUGACCAUGCUGUUAAGAACAUCAAGAACCAAUUCAUGCACCUUACCAACUACAGUGUAAACAAGAAGAGUAGUGACUAUGUUAGCUGUGAUGACCCUGAAGUAGAGGAUUAUGGGAACAAAUGGAGCAUGAGUGCAAUGCUGAGAUAUUUAAAGCAGGGGGGCAAGGACACCACAUUGCUGAUGAGUCAGAUUGAGGACCUGAUAAUUAAAGCCGUGCUGAGCGCAGAGUCACAGAUUGCUUUAGCGUGCAAGAUGUUUGUUCCUCAUCGCAACAACUGCUUUGAAUUGUAUGGUUUUGAUGUUCUCAUUGAUUCCAACCUCAAGCCAUGGCUCCUGGAAGUGAACCUCUCUCCAUCAUUGGCAUGUGAUACUCCUCUUGAUCUGAAAAUAAAGGCCAGCAUGAUCUCAGACAUGUUUUCUCUAGUGGGGUUUGUAUGCCAGGACCCUCUACUAAAACAGAUGCGGUCUGAUAAGGCUGGAAUUGACCCAGCUGUAAAGAAUCACAAAACUCAGCAUCAUUUCUUCACACAGUCUGCCUCUGCCAAAUCCAGAGCGUCUCAGAGAUCACAUUCUGCCAAUAAUCUUGAGGAUCUGAAGGAGAAACAGGGAGGCAGGCAGUUGGACACACUGGGCUUGACUGCAGAGGAGUUAAAGGUCCUGAGGAGGACGCAGGAGGAGCAUGAGAGGAGAGGUGGAUUCAUCCGUAUUUUCCCCACACCACAAACUUGGGAGCUCUACAGUGGUUAUCUGGAAUACAAGACAUCCAUGAACUCCAUGUUGGCCAAUAAACUUUUCCAGGCAAGGUUAGGAAAAUUCUCUGUAACCGCACAGUUCAGGAAUAGGUUGAAGGGUAAUGUGCCCUUAGAAGAGGAGACCUAUAAAACCUGUCAUGUGGUUCAAUACGAGAGUAAAUUGCUCUCCCUUGAAGCGCGAAGACACAGGAAAAGGCAUACAGCUAGCCGCGACACUGCUCGGAGAAGAAACACUGGUCGAAGGCCUUUACCAUCAUUAGCGCACAGUAGUGAAGAUGAGGAAGCUGAUGAGGCAGAGGAGCGAGGACCACAGGGAAAGCAGGAGCACACAAUGUCUCUGGUGCACACACAUCUUCAGCCCACCCUGUUGGAAAAGCACCAGACUGAAGAACAAUUUCCAGCUAGAAACAGCAAACCAAAAGUGGAUCUGCUCCAUAUUCUCCAGCAGGGGUGGGAUCUCAGUAAGGUUCAAGCACGCAUGGCCUUCUCCUCUUAUCUUCAUCGAGUCCAGCUAAGGCUGCCUGUUGAGAGCAGAACCAACAGUGCCUGGGCACAAAAGGACAAUGACCAGAUGGAGCUGGUAAUGCGUUUCCUGAUGCGAGCUGCCAGUAACCUGAAGCAGGACAUGCAGAUGGUGUUUCCCAGCCGGCAGCUUUCUCUGCCUGACCGUCGCCGCAUAUUAGCCCAUCAGCUCGGAGAGUUCAUACACUGUUAUAACCAGGAGACAGAACAGAUGUUAAAAUUCUUGGAGAAGACUGAAGAUGAAGAUCGAUACAUCAAUUCAAAUGUGUUCCGUGAGUUUAUUUUGGAAGCAAGUGAACGAGAUUUAGAAGACAUCCUCACUUUCUAUACACACAAGAACAAGACUGCCAGUGUGUUUUUGGGAAAUCCCAGAAGAGAUACCUCAGGAAAGCCAGCAAUGCAUCACAACAGAAAAACUCUGUUAAAUGCCAAAGAAGGCUGUAGCGCUUCAGGAUUGUCACUGACUGCCAAGACCAAAUCACCAAAAAAUGAAGAAAUCCAAGAGAGUGUAACCAGACCAGGAUACAACAAAAGCAGUAUCACUGUGAACACCAACAGCCAUAGUAACACUGUCCUAAACAGUGACAAAUAUAGUACCUUAGAUAACAGUGGACACAAAAACAACAAAACUGUAAAUGUACAUACAGUUACAGAAGGUAAGCCUGAGGCAUUAACUACCUUUGAGAUUCAAACUAAUGUAAGCAAAACAAGAGGUUUAAAAGAUGGAGAAUUUCAGAGUAAAAGUUCCCACGUUACUGUUGUUGGAAAUGACAAUGAACUCUCAAAGCAUGUUAAAGAAAUCCCUGUGCUGCCCGAAACGGCGAAAUGUUAUAAAUCGCAUGUGAAGGCCCAGAGUUCUCAGCACACUUCAUUUCAUCGUCCAGCCCUAGCCUGUGAGCAUAUCCACCUGCAGCAGUGUUUCCCACGAUCUAAACCCGAAGCUCAGCUCCAGACUCAGCCUCCUCCUUAUAUCCAUCCUCCCCCACACCAGUAUGCGGAAUCUCAAAGCAAACCACAAACUACUUUAUCUUCUUCAUCUACAAAUUCUCUGCGGCCUGCGCGAAUAAUGUGGGCUUCAUCAAAUUCAAGUACACCUAGAUCAUGUGCAACUACUGAAGUACUACAACAAAACCCAGGUUCACAAAUGAUACAGCUGGUCUCUAAUGGUGUUUCAUUUUCCAGUGCCUAUACUACAAAAUCGUACAGUCAGAAAGUCUUGUCGCCUUCCUCUGAAGUGCAAGUAGUAAGUAAUAAGGCCAUUAAAUCCAGACCUGCUUCUGCGGAAGUAUUAAAAGUGCCGGAUUCCCUCUCAGCUCAGGCCCAGUCAAAUCAGGCAGCUAUUGUGGCUGCCCUGAAGAAACUAGUGGAGAAACAAGCAGCUCGCCAGUACAGCACCUCCAGCCACAUUAGUCUCCUUACACAACACUUGUCCAACCUGAACCUAGCUAAAGGAGUUUUUAGCAGAGGUGCACAGAGCAUUGCAUCAGGAACUCUGCUGGACACAGCGACAACUCAAGAUUCGGGCACAAACCUUUCUGGCGCUGUGAGUCACAGUAAGGAUGCUGGUGAUGGGAAGUGCCAGAAUGACUUGAAUCUGACUUCUGAAGCGAUUUCGCUGCCUGCAGCAGGCAACUAUGAGUUUGCCAUCCAGAAGCUCCAGCAACAGAAACUGCAGUCUAGAAAGCGACUAGACCAAAGUCACUCUCAACAUCAAGCCAUGCUGGAUGGACACACACUAGUGCCUGGUGAUGCAUCCCGGAACCCUGUUCUUUCCACCUGUAGGAUUCAGGUUACAUCACAAUCCAAGACCAGAAUGAAGGAGACAGCAAGUCGGGGAAAUUCAUGCUAUUCUGAAUCUCUGGUCUCUACACAUGACGCUGCCCCUGCUCUGAUUCCCAAGCCUCCUAGAAGCACACCCAAAGGCGCGCACACAUGCAAAACUGCUACUCAAAGGACCAACCAGCAAGCGCCGCUUGAGGCUUCAUCCGGAAACGGCUUAUCCAGUCGACAAAAUGUUUAUGACAUCACGUGUGGAAAAAAAGGUCUGUCUGUGUACAGCAAGUUAUUCCACUCUCACAGGUCCAGGCUUACAGUAGAUGACUGAGAGAAGACUGGUUCAGUGAUUACCUGCUGGAGUUGGAUCUCUUCACAGGAACAGUCUCUAUCCCUCAGACUAAAGUGUCACAAUGGUUUACCAUUAUGGAACAGAAAAUUUUGUUAAAUGAAUAGUUUGCUACAAUGCCUACAAUUCUUCCCUUUUCUCCGAAAACAGUGAAUCAUUCGAGGUGUAUAGUGUAAAAACUUGCCUUUUCAGUUUUUCCACUGGAGCUACAAGCCUAAUGUGGAUAAUAAGCAACCCUCCAUUGUAUAAUUUCCCCAAACUCGUUGUUAUAUAAUCCCAAAUAGAAUUGCUGCUGUUAGCUUUUAAAAUAUGCUGCAAAUCAAAAAACUAGCUUUUUGGCUAUUGUAUCGCACAAGCAUCAUAUUUUUGUAAGAGGUGAAACUUAAGGUUUAAAGGAGAAAUUGUACAUAUUAAGUGAUUUGGAGAUUUGGUUAUUUGUAGAUUUAAUUCCCUUCAAUAACAACUUGUUAUAGACACUGUUAUUUAUGAAACUGUUUAUGUACACAUUAUAUUAUUUAGCCAAACCAUGUCUUUCGAAUCAUGUGGUUUUACACAUGCCAUAUGCACAAUCUUAAUCUGGUAGCUUAUAGCUUAUUUUUUCAGCAACAUAAGCCAUAUAGCUCUAACACAAAACUAAAGCAAACGAAACAUGGGAGGUUUAAUUCCUUUAAACAAGGGUGACCUCUACAUCCACUCCUCUUUGCUUCUCCAGUGUGCAGCUAGCACAUCAUAAACAUAUUUUAUAUUCUCUGCUAGCUAAUCUUGUUUUACUGUUAUCUUGCUUCAUGUCCCGGCCCCCGCUCUAGACAAGAAUCAUAUCUUUCCUUGUGGUGGAGUAACAGCUGACAAAUGUGCUACCCCUGAGACCGUGUCUGACAUAAAACCGACCUUAUUUAUUUUUUUUGGAGCGCACGGGACUGUGAGGAUAGCAUGCUGUGUAAGAAAUCCCUGGCUUUGACACGAGCACAGAUCUGUUCCAUGGCCCAAGAUUUUCCGGUGGCCUUCAGUUCCUCCCAGUCCUAGUGCUACAGAUGUCCAGCCCCAUUCUCACCCUGCAACUGCUGCCAUCAAAAGUGUGUGUGAAUAGACGGGCAACAGCAGCUGCUAACUCGACUCGGCCUCUCAGCCUAAGCACCAGAGCAGACCAGAGGACUAGGCUUUCUUUAAACACAUUUUUAGACUUUUUCUUCAAUAGACUUCAGCAUUUACUUUUAGACUUGGAUAGGCUGCAACUUAAAGGUUGCAUAUUUGCAUGUAAAAAAUUGACCACGAAAGAAUUAUUUCAGGUAUAAUAGAUGCAUAAAGUUAGGAAUAAACUACAAUGGAGCUUGCCACAAUUAGUUUUUUUCCUUCUAAACCAUAGCUAUUUGGUAAUGAACAAAUGUUGCACUUAACUUUUUUUCCAUUGUUAAUUUUUGUUAUGGAAUUUCUGCAAAAUACUCCAUCAUCUAUAACAACUGUUUUUAUCAACCGCUCCUCUUAUCUUUUCACUGUUGAAGUUAAUAAAACAAACAAACAAAAAGUUACACUGUAUGAUGUUGUCAAGAAGACAAAGAGUGAAGACUUGUGAAUAAUUUUCUUUGAAAGAACCUUUGCUAAGCUUCUUAAAGCUGUGACAAUGGCGACUCCGUAAAAGCAGGCACGUCUUUAUGUAAUCACUGAUUAUGCUUUCUUUUUAUCAAGUACAUCCAUUUAUGUUCACUGGCCACCGUACAAGUCCCUGUGAAUAAGCUAAAAUAGUCAUGUAUUAGACCAAGAGCAUUAAUAUAAACACUUUCAGCUUUAAAAAAUCAACAGUGCUGCAGUGUAAUGCUGAUUAUAAUGUGAAUUAAAGCUGAUUAUCAUGAGCAUUAAAGUUGAUUAUAAAUUAUUGCCAGAAGACAAUUGCCUGGUAGUAAAGAUUGUGAUCAGCGCACAUACCUUCACGUAUCAAUAAGCACUGUGUAAGUCAAGACCAUAAUACUCUCCACAAGUGCCUCAUUACUGUGCCACAUACUGCUCGUGUAGGCCGUUUUAUUACCUCGAGUGCUGUAUUUUAUGAUCAGUUUCAAAUGUACUGCACUCAUGCUAGCAGACUAAAACAACUGAAUCUGUAGAACAUAAUGGCUCCAUUUUAUCAGUGAUUGGUGUACUUCAUUAACAGACCCUGGAAAUAAGUCUGGUUGAUAAAUCGAGGACACUCUUAAUGCCUUUCCAUAGAAAACAGUGUACGCCAGUGUUCUCCAUUUACAACUCUAUAACGGAGAAAAUGCUGCUUUAUGAAGAGUUAAUAGUUUAACGUUUUAAAUGACUUGACAGUCCUCAUGACUAAUUGUUGGGUUUUGUUGAUGUUUUACAAAACUUUGACAUAUUUUUGACACGAGUUAAUUAGAACAAAUGGCAUUUCUCUUUUUAGCUACAGGUCAUUAGUUCUCAGUCAUAAAGUCUGGCUCACGGUGUACUGUAUAUUAUUGAUGUAUGCAAAAUAAAGCCUGAUGUCCCCCAUUAAGGAUAUUGUACUGUAACGUUUAUCAACUCAGGGUUUGGUCAUUUAGAGAUUUUUUAUUUUUUUUUGUAGAUUUUACAGUGCUCUUGUUUUAAAAUUGUGUUGUCUUGUAUGCAUUAUUUUAAAUCCAAAAGUUUGCAUUAUUAAUUAUAUCAGUGUGGAACCUAAAUGUUUUAAUACAGUACUGCAUAACCACUAUUUUGGAAUGACUGAUAUUCGUACGUGGUAAAGACAAAAUCACACUUUUUGCCGAUAGAUGUAAAACGCUUUUGAAUUCUUUUACAUUAUUUUUAAUACAGGUAAGAGGAAAACUUAUUUUCUGUGACACAUCUAAAAGAAUCUAAUGUAUUACAUGUAUUUAAAAAAUAUUUGUGCUUGUUUAUGGAGAAAUCCUGUCAUUUUCUUUUUUCCAUUAGUAACUUCAUCAUGAUUUUGGUGGUAUUUUGUUCAUUUUGCUUUGAUUAUUUCAUUAAAAACUAAAUGUUUUUUACCACAA